AUGGGCCAGCCAAAACCUCCUCCACCACCAACCUCGGCCAGUUGCACGCUAGCGAGGAGAGAUCUAUGUUAUCAUGAACAGAACCCUGCGCCACCAAAACUGGCCCUAUCAGUCUCUGUGAAUGAGAGGAGCUCUGAUGCUCGCACUGCGACUGAAAUCGCGCUUGGCCGUGUUGACUUUUCACUAACGAAUGGUCCGAGGCACGUCCGAAUCCAGCUUCCUUGGUCGAAUGGCUCUGGCUCAUGGAUUCGCGCCCGCUGCGGCUCUCUGGAGCCCGGGGACUCGGUCGGAAACCUUCCACGCUCCGGAAUCAUUCUUCCGAUCGACAUGUUCGAUUCUACGCGCUGGUUUGACACGCUAAGCGGGAGCUUUACCGACGUUGUGACUGAUCGUCGCGGCCAGCGCUGA